AUGUUUCACGAAAUCUUUUUGGGGGAAUUACCGCAUUUGGUGGAACCGGAAGUAACAUUUGCGCUCGCGUCUAACGUGCUACAAAUAGACUCGAAACUCGACAAAAUGUUCCUGCACACGAGAUAUAGUCUGUUCAGGAAUCACACGGAUAUAGUUUUUGGCGGGAAAGUAGAUAAACAUUCUCCGUUCACAUUUGACAGCGUGGAAAUCACCGGAAACUUGGCGAUAAUAGCUGACGACUGCAAACUUUCUGGUUCCGUCCUUACGAAGCUGAGCGGUCAAUCUGUGGAUAUAGGACACAGUAACUUCAUGGUUUCAAACUGUAAAUUUACCGUCGAAAUCUCCUCGGUAGGGUAUGGUCGUGAACCAGUUAUCGCACCAUAUUUCACUAAACAGAAAAGUAAAGCGCUUGAAAAGUUAAUCUCGAAGCCAAUACGCGAAGAACUGUUGCCAAAGUUGCAAGCCACACUGCUAACUUACGUCAAUACAACACUUAUUUUCCACGACCGACUUUCGGAGUAUCGGCAACACCAACGCAGAAUAUUUAAAGACACGUCAAAACACGUCAUGAAAAUCAUAAAGAACUUGGCUGUGGGCUUGAUACAGCUGAGUCAGGGGCCGAUGAAGUUGAAGCCUUUUGAUGUCUCGUCGGACAUAUGUGUCGAGAGACCUUGUCCCAUUGGUGCAGCAGUACAUGAUGUAAAUGUAUUCGGUCUGGAUACUGUGUAUUCGGGGCACAUGGGAGGACCGUUCAAGUUGCAGUCACUGAAAAUACAUGAAGAUAUUCGUUUCAACUAUAUCUUGGUACGAGGUAAAAUAUCAUUCAAGAAUACUACCUUUAAUCGUGAACACGGCUUCUCUAUUGAACUAGGCGAUGUUACAUUCAAUACGGAAAUAGACAUAAGUAAAAACGUACAAAAUUGUGAAUUUGUCAGUUGGAGAUCAAUAGAAAUUGCUAUUUUCGGAUUUAUAAACAAUGUCGAGGAACGAAUGAACGCGAAUUCAUUUUUAAGCGCAUAUUUAUAUAAUGAAUUACCAAAGACGCUAACAAAGCACUUACUCAAGGCAUUUGGUAAUAACUUUUAUAAACUAGCCCACAAAAGCGAUGAUGAAAACGCAAAUAAUGAUGCUGAAACUAGUAGUAAAGAAAUUAAUGAGGAACAAAAUCAAAGUGUCAGUGAUGUCAAUAUUGAUGAAGGUAAUGGCGUAAAUGUAAAAUUUGAUAAAGCAGAGGAAAUUAAAAAACUUGGUAUAGGCGACCGGGGAAAAGGUAGUAAAAAAAGCAAGUUUAGUAAAAUAGGUUAUGGUAAAUUAUCACAUAAGUUUAACGAAAAGUUUACCGAUGUAAAUUCUUCUUCGUCGUCGAGCAGCGACGAAACAGGUGACGAGAAAGAAAGUGACAAUUUAUCUAAUAAAAAAGAAACCAGUUUAAUUAAAUCCGAUAAAAUUAAAAAGAGUACAAAGAAAAAAAGAUUUGACAAAGUUGUGGACAAGAGCAAAUUGAUUAAUAUAAUGCCUUACAGUAGUGCUAGUGGCAAUAUUGAAGACAAACACGAUGAAAGUGACAACGCUAAUACAGGAAAAUUUUCUAUGAAUCUAUCGAUGAAGAAACCUAAAAAUAACGAGAAUUUUAAAUUCGAAGAGUUUAAGGAGACAAAAAACAAAGCUUUAAAGAAAAAAAAACUUAAUAAUACUAUGGGAAAAGGAAAAAAGGAAAACCGUGGCAACAGCGAUGAUGAUGAUAGCCUGUCAGUCGACCAAGCGCGGGUACCUGAUAGGAGUCAAAGUAUAAAUUUUGAAAAAAUACCUAUGAAAUUAAAAAAGAAGCCUGUAUAUGGAGGUAUAAUAACUGUCAACGGCGGAAAUAGUAACGUAAAAUUUCCUAAAAGUGGAGAAAUUAAAGGGCACAAAGACGAAACUUCGAAGAAAAAGAAAUUACCGAAACUCGGACAGAUUUCGGAAAACGAUAGCAAAAAUUAUGAUUAUGACAAAUCUAUCAAUCACAGAUAUGUUUCCGACGAGAGCAGUGUCGCUUACAACCGUGCAAAAUCACCUAUGAAAAGACAGGGGAAAGUACAAAAUAAAAACAUGGAUGCGAAGAAAAAAGGGAAAAUUAGAAUCGGACAGCUCAACAAACAUAACCAUCAUGCAAAUGAUCGGCUAAGUGUUGCUGAUAAUAAAGAAAGAAUAACCCAUCUAAUGUAA